AUGCCUUUGCCAACCCACUUCAAGUUGAAUACAGGAGCCGAGAUUCCAGCAGUGGGAUUCGGCACAUGGCAGGCAGGUCCUCACGAGGUCGAACGCGCGGUUGAGCAAGCCCUACGCUGUGGCUAUCGCCAUAUAGACUGCGCAGCCAUCUACAGAAAUGAGGCAGAAGUUGGCGCUGGUAUUCGCGCGAGCGGCGUACCUCGGUCAGAGAUCUUCAUCACUGGGAAACUUUGGAACACCAAGCACAGAGCAGAGGACGUCGAGAGUGGGCUGGAAAAGACACUGAAAGACCUGGGCACAGACUAUGUGGACCUGUUCCUGAUGCACUGGCCAGUCGCAUUCAAGCCCAGCGACAAGUGGUUUCCGAUAGACGCGGACGGAGUGUUCGAGCUUGCGGAUAUCGAUCCUGCUGAGACCUAUAAGGCCAUGGAGAAGCUGCUAAGCACUGGCAAGGUACGGGCAAUUGGUGUUUGCAACUUCACCAAGCACAAGCUAGAGAACCUUCUCAGUAAAGUCAAGAUUGUGCCAGCCGUCAACCAGAUUGAGGCGCACCCUUACUUACAACAGCAUGGGUUGGUCGACUUCUGCAAAUCGAAGGGAAUUUUGAUUGAGGCCUAUUCGCCCCUAGGCAACAACCAGCUCAAUGUCCCGAGGACGGUUGACGAUCCGAAAGUUCAAGAAUUGGCGAAGAAGAUUGGUCUUGACGCUGGCCAGGUGCUAUACUCGUGGGGCAUCCAGCGAGGGACUGUGGUGCUACCCAAGAGCGUCACACCGUCUCGAAUUGAGUCAAAUCGUCAAGUCAAGGAGCUACCGCAAGAUGUCUUCGAAGCGCUCAAUGCUCUGGAGCAACACAAGCGAUUCAAUACCCAGGCGCAUUGGGGCUCUGACAUAUUUGAAGAGUUAGGAGAAGACACGGUCAAGAAGAUUGCGCGAGAGGCUGGUCCGGAGAACCUGAAAAAAUUCAAGGUGUAG